AUGGCCGCCUCCACCCGUAACCCGUCACCACCUCGACAGUCACCGCCGCCGCUGCCACCACCCGCCGCCGUUGACACCCACUGCUGCCACCAACCACCGCCACCAACCACCGCCGUCAAUGCCACUUGCCUCCACCACCCACCACCAACCACCAUCGCCGCAACCCGUCACCGCCUCUGCCGCCACCCCAACAGCCACUACAGCCGUCGUUGCCACCCACCACCGCCACCAACUACCACCGACACCAACGCCACUUGCCACCACCACCCACCACCACCGUGGACACCACAACCACUGCCACCCCCAACCACCAUCGCCAUCGCCACCAACCACCACCGACGACCGCUGCCACCGCCACCCCCGUUGGGCCCCCGGUCGCCGCCGCCUCCACCACCACUCGUCUCCGCCACCACCACCCAUCGCCGCCUCCGCCACGGCGCCACCACCUACCACCGCCACCUAUAA